CCAGGAAAUUGAAAAUGAAACCAUAGAGAUAAGCUUGGUGCGGCCUGAAGGUUCAAUUCCUGGCAGCAUGCAUCAGGAAAUGGACGGUGAAAUUGAGUUGGAGAAGGGCAGCAGGCGGCUGAGGGAGCUGUUUCACGCCAAGGAGAUCCCUGCGGCCAUCGCCGAGACCCUGAUGAUACGCUACAACAAUGACUAUGAUAUGGUGGCUCAAGAGAUCAUUCGGCUGAAGGAGCAAGGUGAAGAUUCAGAUCACAAUGAUCCUGAACCUCAGGACAAUGAAGAUGAUGAAGACUUACAGCACAUUGCAGACGGACUAAGGGCCCUUCCACUGACAGCCAGGAACUUGCACAUGUUUAACUCGGCACGUAGAAACGAGGUUCCCCGAGACCAAAGGCAGUUCGCUUGCGUUACUUGUGAACAUGACUGGUGGCGAGAGGUACCUGAGAGAAAACAGGUAUCAAGAUGCCGUACUUGUAAACAAAAAUACAGACCUGUGCCGAAGGAUCAGGAAUGGGGGAUUGCUGAGUAUUAUUGCGACCAUUGCAACCAUUCUUUCAGGGGCUUUGGCCAGAUGGGUGUCCCUGCCCCCUGCUACAGAUGCCGCAGCAUCAUCCUGCCCCUCCGUAUCAUCCCACGCCGGCAGCACCAGAGACCACCCGGGCACUACAGGCGGGAGGCACAUAGCUGCUGUGCUGAAGAUUGUUGCAACAGGCAAGAGCCCUAUGUCGCUGGUACUCACUGCGUGCACCCCAGCACCCGGAGAAUGCGUGGUCUACCCACGGUCCUGGUCCCCUGCGACCCGCACGAGUCCAGUGGCUCCACCGUGGCCAGUUGCAUCAGCCAGGGCUCCCUGAUGGAGUGCAGAGUUGAAGACAUCAUUCGGGAGGAUCUCAGGCAGAUCCCUGAGGGCAGCGAUGACGAUGACAAUGACGAAUGAAUUGCUCCAGUCCUGCACUUUUCCGCCUCAUCAGCUUGUGGCCCAGAGUAAAUAUUGACACGGACCAGACGUCUGCUCCAUCCCGCAGCAAGGUUCAAACAGAGGGAUAACCACACAGUUGUUCGCUAAAACUCAACUAGAGCAAGGACGCUCUGUAUUUUCCUUCAUUAAAACCACUCUUCUAACU